AUGGUACAGAAGACCAACCUAGCUUUUAGCCAAGCUGUUAUGAGUUGUCCUCUACCUAGCAAAUCCAAGAUGCCAACUCUUGAGAGCUUCGAUGGGAUGCGGGACCCUCUCAACCAUUUGGAUACCUACAAAGCUCUUAUGUAUUUGCAAGCCGUACCGGGCGAGAUUAUGUGCAGGGCUUUCCCCACCACAUUAAAGGGUUGGGCUCGUUUCUGGUUCAAUAAAUUAAAGCCAGGCUCUAUUGAAAACUUUGAAGAGUUGAGCAAACAAUUCAUAGGAUACUUCAUCGCUGGGCAGAGGUAUAAGAGACUAGCAACACAUUUAUUGAAUGUAGAAGAGGUGGAAGCCCCUACGAGCAUGAUAGAGUUGAUGGUUAGAGCACGGAAGCACAUGAACUCUGAGGAUGCUAUGAAUGCAAAAAAAAACAAGGAUGGUGAAGAUAAGAGAUCGGAUAAAAAGAGGCCGGCACCUAGCACUAGGGAGGAAAGUGAAUCGAAGUACAAGAAAUUCUCAAGCACCCAGGCUGACAGAUCAUCUCGCCGUCCAGUGAGCCCAGGCAAGUAUAAUAACUACACCCCCCUAAAUAUGUUUGUAGAGCAGGUCUUUCUACAGAUUCAAGAUGACGCGUCAUUGAAAUGGCCACCAAAGCUAAAAGCUAAUCCAACAAAGAGCUUCGCUGGUGGUGGGGAGACGAGUUCGGCUUGGAGGGCACAUGCCGGGAGAAUUCGAAAUUUUUUAGAGGUUAAUGACGUUGGAGUGACAAGUCCUCCAACAAAAUUACCGCGAGUUGAGGAGCCAGUCAUAAACUUUUCUGAAGAAGAUGACAAGGUAAUUCACCAGCCCCACGAUGACUUUCUGGUAGUUUUCAUGGUCGUUGCUAAUUUCACUGUGCGACGAAUACUGAUAGACAAUGGUAGCUCGGCAGACAUACUAUUUCUCGGGGUAUACAGCAAAUUGAAAAUCGGCCGAGAGAAGCUCCGCCCCAUGAAGUCACCACUGGUGGGAUUUUCAGGUGACAAAGUAUAUCCACUGAGGGUAAUUACCCUUCCAGUCACUGCAGGAGCCAAUCCAAAGCAGGUCACUGUAAUGGUGGACUUUCUAGUGGUGGACUGCCCAUCAUCAUAUAACAUUAUCCUGGGGAGGACAACAUUGAAUGCUAUGAAAGCAAUCACUUUUACUUACCAUCUCCUAAUGCCUUUCCAAACCGAAUAUAGUAUGGGAGAGCUAAAAGGGGACCAAACAAUGGCUCGAGAAUUUUAUGUCGCCUCUCUCAGAAAAACAAAAUCACAAGAGGCACUUAUGAUUGAAGAGUUGGAAGGGAGAGAAAGGCAAGACUUUCAUAGAGCGAAACCUACAGAGGAGCUAGAAGAGGUUAUCCUUGGUGAUGGUGAGCCCGAGAAAAAAGUGAGUAUAGGGUCUUUACUCCCCCCAAGUAUUAAUAAUGAACUUUCAAAAUUCCUCAAGAAGAAUCAAGACGUAAUUGUAUGGGCGCAUGAAGACAUGCCGGGUAUAGACCCAACUAUCAUGGAGCACCGCCUAAAUGUAAAUCCUAACUUUAAACCUAUCAGACAAACGAGGAGGACUUUCACUCCAGAGAGGAAUUAG